CCUGGACGAGCAGGCUUUCCGGGUGACAAAGGAAGUAUGGGGAUUCCAGGACGAAUGGGCUUUAAAGGACAAGCAGGGGAGAAGGGAGCCCCAGGAGAACCUGGUCUAUCUAUCAUUGGACCGAGAGGACCUCCUGGCCAACCAGGAUCAAGAGGAUUUCCAGGGUUUCCAGGCCCAAUUGGUUUGGAUGGCAAACAUGGACAGAAUGGGCCUAAAGGUGACAUGGGUCAACGUGGUCCUAAAGGACUCCCCGGGGAACUGGGACCUAAAGGAGAAAAGGGUGUCUGUGGUGACUACACACAUCGGAGCCUAUUUGUGCAGAAUCUUCCGUUGAAAACCUUGGCUGCCUUACGCUCCAGUCAACCGCUGAUGUUGAAGAUGUUGCCCAUCACCGUGCGCAACAUGCCCUCAAUAAGCCCUCUAAUCCUAAAACGCCUCAAGGUUAAGAAUGGACCUUCAGUCUCAAGCUUCCUAACUGCCUUCCUAACUGCUUGCCGUGCAUCUCAGCUAACCUUACGCUGUGCACCCCCCCGGCUGCAGGUUUUGCAGUGUGAUGGUGAGCCAGGAGCGCAGGGCCCCCCUGGACCUCCUGGGCUUCCAGGUAACCCAGGUCUGAAUGGAGCCAGUGGCCCGCCAGGUAAGCCAGGAGAAGCAGGAAAACCAGGAAAAGACCCAAGGCUUUUAACAGGAUUAAAGGGUGAGCCAGGUACGUCGGGGCAGAAGGGUGAUCGAGGAGAUAUUGGCCCCUCAGGUGCUGAAGGCCCAAAGGGUGGCCAAGGAAACAAGGGACAACCAGGCUUCCCAGGGGCUCCUGGGCCAAAGGGCCAGGCUGGUACACCUGGUAUUCCUGGGAUCCCUGGCAAGAGGGGCUACAGGGGAGAUAAGGGAGAGUCGAGUAUUUCAGCACUUGGAAUUAAAGGAGAACCAGGAUUACCAGGACUACCAGGCCAAAUGGGCCCUAAGGGUCCUCCAGGUCCAACUGGUGAGCCGGGAAAGGCUGAAAUCCACAAUAAUGAAAAUGAUAUUCGCAACAUACCACUGAUGGGCCCACCUGGACUACCUGGACCUCCAGGGACACCUGGGCUCAACGGGGCAAAGGGUGAAGUUGGCCUUCCAGGUCCUUCAGGCCUUGAUGGGGAAAAAGGGCCGAGGGGAAAGCCUGGGGAACCUGGUCCUCCAGGCCUAUCUGGUCCUGAAGGUCCCAGAGGAGAGGGUGGUGUCAUGGGGUUCCCAGGACCCAGGGGAGACAAGGGAGACAUGGGUCCCUCUGGAUCACCGGGUUUAGAUGGCCCUACUGGUGAAAAGGGGGCUACAGGGUCCCUUGGCCCUAUUGGAUUACCUGGCACAAUGGGUAUGAAGGGUGAACCCGGAGAAGGAGGAAGGUCAGAGAUGCUUCAUGGUCCUCCAGGUCCCCCAGGACCAGUUGGCCCAGCAGGAUCACAGGGACAUUCAGGGCCAAAGGGAGAGCCAGGCAUCGGCUUUAGGGGAGAAAAGGGAGCCACAGGUCAGAAGGGUGACAAAGGAGACAGAGGCCAUCUUGGACUGCCUGGGGCACAUGGGUUAGACGGCAGACCCGGUCCAGUGGGUCUGAUAGGACCAGCAGGUGUAUCAGGACCAGCAGGACCAAAGGGAGAGGGAGGUGAGAAAGGAGACAAAGGAUUACCAGGACCAAUUGGCUCGCAAGGCAUCCCUGGAUUAACAGGACCACAAGGACUCAAAGGCAACCGGGGAGAGAGGGGCAAGAAAGGCAACAGGGGGGCCAAAGGGGAUAAGGGAGACCAAGGAGCACCUGGAUUAGAUGCCCCAUGUCCGUUGGGAGAUGACGGCCUGCCUGUACCUGGCUGUUGGAACAAAUGAUAACUUUGGAAUGGCUUGUGUAAUUGUACAUAGUAUAUUUAUUUUUUUACUUUUCCCCUGUUAUAACACACCACAGUCAAAAGAGCUUAAAAACUUACCACAAAUGUUUUGUACUAUUUUUUUUAAUACGUAAUGAGAUGUAUUUGACAUGUAUAUCUGUGCAUCACUUUUUUAACAUGUUUGGCAGAGGAAGAAUUAAUUAUUAGCAGUUACAUAUGCAUGAUAUUUGUGCAUACUGUGAUGCUUUUUAACUUAUUGUACUGUUCUGUUGGACUGGACCAUGCUGCACUGAGUUGAGGCUGGAAAGAUUCUUAAAGGCAUUGAAAAAAAGUCUUAGUUGAACUCUCCUCUUUAAAGUACAGUAUUAAACAUUAUGUGUACUGUAUACCAGUUUAAAUGUUAUUCCAUGUUCACACGGUGCUGGAAAGCUGGCCUAAGUCUGUGCAUUGAUUUAAAUUUGUUUGCUGUUGUCGUGGGCUCAUAUUGUGCUAAUGAAGUCUUUAUUUUAUUUGUUUUGUUUUUUUCAAUUUAGUGCUGUCACAGUGUUUUUAUAGUAAUUUAUCCCCAUGGAAAAUUAUAGCUCUGGCAACUUAGAACAAUACAGUACAGCCUGGAUCUGUUUGAAACUGAUCACACAAUACGUUUAAUACCACUAAAACAGUGGAACUGUAUACGCCCCUUGGACUGGCUGACUCCCGUCAACAUAAGUGGCUGUUGACAUAAACGGUUGAACACUUAAGCAAAACCAAAUCUAGCCAUUGCUGGCUCAUUUGUCAAUGACUUUGUCCAGAGACAGAAGUAGAAUGGGCAAUAAUAA